UAUCUUAACAUGAGGGGUCCCUGGAGCAUCAACUCCUUCCUAUCGCCACGCUCCCUCAACCUCCCGCGAAUCGAGUGUCAACAAACAGCGUCCGACGUCCGUUCAACUUCAAAAUGCCGCUGCCCGACCUGACAGAGGCACUACACCGUGAUAUCAUCAACAAGAGUAAAACAGCAUUCAACCAGGUUAUUGAGCGGUACAUUUCCCUGGCACACGGACUUCCUCCUCCACUAGAUGAAUGUCCCUACCAGUCCCCACACAACAGCAAAAACAAACCAAGUUCAACUUCCAUAUUACCCCAGAAGAACCUUUCUAGGACAGGUGCAACCAUAAAAACCAGCACUGUCUCCCCAGCCAUCUCAUUAAGGCAAGAUUCAUGUUGUGUUGAGGAUGAUCUUGUUAAAGAGGUGGAGGAAUCACUGCAGAGGAGGAAACAACAGCUCGGGUUAAGUGAUGACUUUAUAUAUGAGGAGAUGGAGGAUAAUGAGGUUGAUAAGGAUGACCCCACUUGGGAUGGGUCUCAUCACCAUUCCAGAGUGAAUUUACCCAGCAGAUUGCAUAAAAAGAGGGGAAGAAAGAGAAAACUGACUGAUAAUCUUAUUACAAAUACAGUGGGGUCAUCUGAUAAAAACAAGUCUCGAAAGAAAACACAAGCACCUGUGGAUGAAGUAAGCCUUGCCCAAAACAAAGCUGCUGAUUUGAGGCAGCUUUCUUUGCAGUACAGGCUUUCAGAUGUGAGCAACUUGCCAAAAAGAAGAGGUAGACCUCCCAAAAGAAAGUCAGUGCUGGAGGUGAAUGAUGAGGGCAAUAUAUCAAGGAAGAGGGGUAGACCACCCAAACGAAAGUCAUUGUUGGAGGUUAGUGAAGAGGGUAAUAUAUCAAUGAAGAGAGGUAGACCGCCCAAGGCGAAAUUGGCGGCAGAGAGUCGAGAAAAUCCAAACAAGAACAACUCAAGGAAUGACUCUGGGUUAUGUGAUGGAAGAAAAGAACCCAAACAGAGAGGCAGGCCACCUAAGAAGAACCAAACAUUAAAUCAGAAUGCCACCGAGGAUGAAACCACAGAUACAAGGUCAGCUAAUGAAAGCAAAGAACCCAAACAGAGAGGCAGGCCACCUAAAAAGAACCAAACAUUGAAUCAGAACCCCACCAAAGACAAAACCACAGAUACAAGGUCAGCUGAUGAAAGCAAUAUACCACAGAGGAGAGGAAGACCAUGCAACAAGAAAGCAACAGGGACUCUAAAGAUCCACAACCAAGACUGUGGUGUAGUGCUGAGAAGGCUUGGUGGGGGCAGUGAGGGUAUCCAGUCUGUAAAUAAAACAAAUGAAACCAGGACAGUGUGCAGUAAUGGAGGUGCAGAAGAGGAGGAGCAAAGAUCUCAAGAGAGCAGUGAUGGUGUUGUGAAGUUGGUGCAGGAGGCAGUGGGAGGGUCUGCUGCUAUUCUGCAUAUGGUUCAAGAAGGGAAGAAUAUAAUCUGCCUCCUUGACACCUUGGACCCGGUGCACAUCAUGGUAAAUCAAAACUCGCCCAGUGAAACUAAUUCUGGCAAGGAAACAGAAGCAGCUACAGGACAAACUUCCAGAAAAGAGAAGAAAAAAGGGCAAGAAAGAGAACAAAGCACAAGAACUCAUACUGGCAAUGACAUGAAAACAAACACACAAGUAGAACAAACUGUCAGCAAAAUUACUAACAUAGAGAAAAGGAAAAAGGCAGAUCAAACAGCUAAAAAUACUACCAACAAAGAAAAAGAGAAAAAAGCCAUAGAAAAACAGCAGACAGUGGAUAAGAGAGCAAGGAGUAGCACAAGAACUGAAUCCUCACCCCCUCAUAAGGCAAUGCAACAGUCUGAGUCAACUGUUGAACAUCCUACACCAAAAAAGAGGGGACAGAAAAACAGCCGAGAAAGUGAGCACAUCUCCAAAGCUGUCAAGUCACCGAAGAAACAAAGGAAUGAGUCAAGUGUGCCCGCCAAGGCUUCUGUUGCAACACACCUAGCCAGUGAUGCCAUGGUGUCACCUGGGCAGAAUAGCGGCAUGGUUCCCAGCAGUGAAGGCAAUGUGCUGAAGAGAUUACAUGUUGAUCCAGAUGCAGGAACAGAAAAAGUUACAGGUCAGUUUAUGCAGCAUGAACCUCCUAACACCAGUGAGUCACCAACCAAUCAGCCAAAAAAAGCACGUGACUUAGAAGUCUCUGACAGAAGUCUUUCCAAAUCCAACACAGGGCUGUCAGAUGAAUCUACAAGAGAAAAUUCAGAGACAAAAAGAAAACUUGGUUCCGACGGGUCAGAGUCAGAGUCACAGGAUGAAGACGGAUGGCUUACUGAUAGUGAUGAAGAUGACAUGAUUUCAGAAUUUAGUACGACCCAGAAAAAGAAGAGCUUCCUCCAUCGGACACGAGAAAGGCUGAAAAGAAGGAAUUACAGACCAAAGCACAGAGAGUCAGUGAGCAAAGUUAUAUUCGAUAGUGACGAUGACAUCCUUAUUUUGGAACCACCCAAGCCUGUGCCCAUGUCAGAAGACAAGAAAGACAACACAAAUUCUGAAAACAGCCAGAGCACAAAGGGGGUGCAGGACAAACCCCUCAUGGCAUCACCAUAUGUUUCCCUGAAGACCCAAAGAACCAAUAGGAGAGCUGCAGGUGGACACCAGCAAAGCCUGACCACUAGCAGUUCCUACAUCCAAGGCCUCAUCAAUAACUCCAUCAUGAAGAAUGUUCCAGAGAUGAUGACUUCGGCCUCAACCAGGGUACCGGUGGACGGUCAAACGAAGGAGGAACCUGACCCUGAGGACAUGUGGGAUCUCCUGCCAGCCCUCCCCCAGCGGUCCUCCAGCUCCCUUGCCACAAGGGCUGCCAAGACCAGCCUGCAAGAAUCUGGCAUAACGGAGACUGCAGCCGCUGCUCCACAGAGGUCGACGACUGUCACCAGCACCAACAUUAGUGAUUCAGGCAUCACAUCAAAGGCCUCCAAGUUAAUGAAGAGCUUUUGGACAAUGGACAGUGAUGAGGAGACAGAAGAUAAAGAGCCAAAAGACACAGAGUCACUCUUCAUGUCCACACUCACCUCGGCCUCACAGCUGGUCCGAGAGAGCACCGUGCUUCCCAACUACAGCUCCCUUGGCCCCGAGCACUGGAUGUCAGUCGCUAGAGCUAUGCAGAAGCGAAAAAAGAACUCAUUCCUGAGGCUUACAUUCCAGUAAAAAUGCUGUAUAAGUCUUACGGUAAUCUAAUAUUUAAUAUUAUGAUGUGUGUAGCUUAAUAUCGAUCACAGAAUAAUUUGCUCUAAUGGUUUUUAUUCACAAUUAGUAUAUAUCGCCUGCCUGCAUGGAGGGCGAUAUUAUUGUUUGUGUGGAUAUUAUACUAUAUUUUUAUAGUCAUUUGCUUUUAUGUUCCGUCUUUUACUUUAAAAGUUGUAUGUAGCUACACAUUAUACAUAUGAUUAUUGCUAUAUGUACAUUUAUUUAUACCUAUACUUAAAUAAAUAAAAUAAAAAAGUUCUAGUUAAUUUAUAUUUUUAAGACGUCAUGAGGUAUCUCAAACCUUUACCCAACCAGUGAACCGCCUGAAGCUUCUAGCCCCCGUUGUAAUUUGUGAGUUGUCAUGUGUCCUCCCUCGUAUGAGGAACCGUAUUACUUCAACCACAUAUUCCCAGUGUGUGUGUGUGUGUGUGUGUGUGUGUGUGUGUGUGUGUGUGUGUGAACUACCAACUAGUCUAACAAUACUACACAAACGAAACACCAAGACGAAAUGCUCGAACUGUUGUCUGUGAUACAACGGACUGGCUUCCUUGCAUUGGCCUGCCCUCUCACCGCGAAGCUGGCCGUGCGUGCUAUAAGUAGUCUCUCUGAGGGGCUGGAGGCUGACACAGAGUACAUCGAAGCAAGAAAGCCUUGCCAAACCACCUGGAGAACACCAAUACUACGUCCGGCAGCCGGCGCCACUGUUCCCAGGCAAACACCGCCAGAAGAUGACCACAAUACCCGCCGCCCCGCCUUUUCCUCCAGCCAGGAGUGCCCCUCCUGCACUGUGUGAGGACCCGGGUUACUCUAUCACGUGGUAAGCUGAUAAAAAGGUUACUUCAUAGUGCAAAGCGAAGAACUAAGAAAACUCGGGUAACGACUACCUCGUUAAUUGUUGUAGAGGUAUGCAGGGCCGUAGUUUCAGGGGGUGGGUGGGGGGGAUAUAGCACCCCCAGUGUUUUCUAAAUUGGCCUCGAGGUGCGCCUAAUAGUGCAUGCUUAUUUAAAAACAAAUACCCCCACCUGGGCAAGUUGCUUCGCUCCCCCCCACCCCAUCCCCCAAUGAACCUAUGAUGCCCUCGAUCUAUAGGCCCCCCACUCCCAACCCCCACGGGCAGUCGGCGCACAGUCCACCUAUAGCUUCACCUUUUUGACUUCUGUUAAAUAGUAGGCUACUACCUGAAGAAGGUGCGUGCGUUAACCCGAAAUAUCACUCUGCCCCUUGUACGUGUUCCUGGUAAAGGCUGAGGAGCCGUACGCUGUAGCUGCGCGUGGCCUCAGUGCACGUGAAGUGAUCAUGGCCAGGUGAAAGGUUUUAUCACAAAGGCAGCAUGCAGUAGAUGAUUUAUAGUGUUUAGUACGUAGAGUGGCCAAGAUGCCGACAAUUUCGACACUGUUGGAUGGGAAGAAUGUACAGUCGGACAUUUCAGUGAAUUUUGCAAUAUUUGUUGGUUAUUUACGGCGGCCGGUGUUGCGUUUCUGGCUGCGCUCCUAUUUCGGGCCGUCAGUUUUGUUUACAAUGAAAAAGGCGGAUCAUUAUGAACACGGAUCCGUGUACACGGGAAGCAUAUUUUGUUCUUUCAAAGGAAAAACAUUCUUGAAUCCAGUACAGCGCUAUUUUGUAAUAAGUGGUGGGGGGCCAAUAAAUAGCCUUCAUGCAAUGAUUCAUGAGUAAAUUUACGUGAAAUAUCAAUCAAUCAACCAUCUUGAUAUUUUCAUAACACAAAACUGUCUUGAUGUGCAUAUGCAGGCCCGUAAUUUUGGCACUUUUUUAGUGGGGGCGGGGCUAGAGGGCAUCAUAGGUUCAUGAGGGGGGGAGUGAGCAAAGCUAUGCAGUCGGGGGAUGCGUGAGAACAACUCUGUUAACAUAUUUUUCAUUCGCCUCUGAGCAUGCGCAGUUCGCAGAACAUCCAGGAACACGACACCGGGGGAUGGUUGUUAAACCAAAUUACAGCAAUAUCAUCAAGAUGUCUGCAAGGAGUUCAUGAAGGUCUGCUGGAAUAUUCAGACCUGAUAACGUAUGUCAACUGGUCAUAUAUCUGCAUGGGUAUACGAGGAUGGUGUCUGUACAACCAUUCAGAGUCUGAGGUAAUAUAAGGAAAGGUUCUCCAUUGAAGUCUUUUAAGGAAUUUAUCGCCUUUUCUUGAGGAUCGAGUUCAGUAGUUGCAUGCUACUUAAUAAUUAGAUGAGACCGGCCUGACCGUAGCAGCUAGCGUACCUUACUCGCCUGUUGUUGGAUGCAUUUUUGAAAGGAGUGGGUCAUUUUAGUAAAGUGCUGUUGCCAGAAUGUUAAAAGUUUUGAGGUCCUAAGAAAAUAGAGGGAAGAUGAGUAGUAGAAGUGGAUGGAUGAGGACAAGAAGACCCAGCAAACAUCGAAAGUCCGGGCCGAUACCGGCAAAUAACGGAACUAUGGCAUGAAGGAUUGCGUUUAUCGGGCCGAUAUAAAUAUUCUGCAAUCGGGCCAUAAGAGGCAAAUGUACAUCGGGCCAGUACUGUCAUAUCGAUAUGACAGUUUGGAAUAUAGCCUAUAACUACAGGGUGCAAGGGAGGCUACAAAGAGAGUGGCAGUAGGAAGGGUAUGAUGAAGGGGGUAGAAGUGUGUACUGAGGAGGUAGCCAAUGAGGGAGAUGAAAGAAAAGAUGUAAAUGAUUGCAGGCGCAGAUCCUGGACAAAAGUUGUGGGGGGGGUCAAUGUCAGGAUUUUUGCGGGUGGAAGGGGCAUUGGCAUUACCGGUUCGCCAUUCUCAGCAGUCCUGCUCCUGAAUAACUGGUGGACUGAGCUGAAUCAAUAGGCAUAACAGCCUGGACUUGGUGCAAAAUCAUUCCUGGGUGGCCAGUAUUCCUCUUCAGAUCCAAAUGAGACUGCCGAUUCCUCUGAGAAAAAGCAUUCAUGGCUGCAUGCGCUUUUGAGCUAGUUUUCCUGUAUCCACUCAGCCCAUUAGUUAAAUUAGAUGUCCCAUCACUGGAGCAAUAGGAAUAAUUUUAUUAUUGGCCAUAAGUCCUUGGAGAAAGUGGGAGAAUUAACCAGUCACCUCCUCAAGACGAGAAGUAAGGGCAGUGGAUGGAAGGGUUCUGUGCCCAUGGCAUCCUCAGACUAUUCAUGUGGUUAGUCUCGCAUCCUUACAUUACAACUUUCAUGCCUUGUGAAAAUAAAAAAAAGGGGGGGCUAUAGUGGAAGAAGAAUAAAGAUAUAUAGCCAAAGGGAAGGGGAAAGAGGAAGGGCAAGUCUAAACAAAAUUUCUUACCAGAGAUGCAAAGAUAAAGUCUAAGCAAAACCUGCUGGACCAGGACAGGGGCCUGAAGCAGAGAGCAUGCAUGUCCACUCCUGUAUGAGGCACCAAUCCUUGGUCCUGAAGCUCACCAAAAAAUUUCAGUUGUUGAACCACCCAGUUUUAAGCAAAAUAACAAUUCUGGGAAAGUAGGAAGCUAUCUGGGUGAUAUUCAAAGGAACACUAAAGUCAAGGAUUACGGAAACACACUUUACUGGUUUGUACUCCUUACAGUAAACAUUUAAUUGAGUGCCAUCAUUAAUAUACAUUUAUUUACAGCUUGGAGCUACCCAGGAUCAAGUGCACAUUAGUGUCACUUAAUGAAAAACUUCGUACAUCAGUCCCUGGCCCGUGUGUGGGUUAGUGACUUCAACUUCAGUCUCUGCCAUCUUGUGGUCUACAGCUACCUUCAAGAAUAGGUUCGAUGAAAAUACAACAGAAAGAGUCAAACCAGCAAGAAGGGUAACUGCCAAAAGAGUUCUUGGGUCCUCUUAAGGCACUGAACACAAAAUGCAGACGAAGGAAGGAUCCAUCAGGGUUAAUUUACAUAGGGAAAAUAAAUAAAGAGCCUUAUCAAGAUAACAAAGAGUUCCCUGGCUUGCAUAUGGAGUCUUGCACCCAAAAGUUUUCUCUUUGCAUUAGAAACUGCUUGAGCGACCUUCUUUGUGUGGCAGCUGCACGAUCUCAGGAACUAUCACUCUUGCAGUUAUAAAUGUUAUAAAAUAUAUUUUCUCAAAAUACAUUUCAAUCUUGCACAAAAAAAUA